AUGGCGUCAAUAGGCCAUCAUCGCAGCACAAUACGCAGCUCGCUGUAUGCGCUCGUCGUGCUGCUCGUGCUCUGCCUCGUUCGUCCAGCAUCGGCAUUCACCGUCACCAUCUCGGAAAAGGAUGAGCUGCGCCAGACCUGCUCCGGCAUGAUCGCCGGCGGCGACAGCCACAUCGAGGCCAUCUUCCACAAAAACUCCACCGGCACCGUCGCCACCAUGUUCUACGAGUUUGCCGACUUUGACAAGCUCGGCAAGCAGUCCAACGAGCGCGAUGCUUUCGGGUUCGCCCUCAGGACCUACAUCUGCACGCCGGGCGCCAUGCAGCAGUCGCUCUGCACACAGGAGCAGCUCGGCAACUUUAUCGUCGACGAGGCCGGCGGAAAGGCCACCACGGUCCAGCUCAAGAGGCUCGACUUCCCCGCCACGGGAUCGACCGAUGAGACGACGCUCCGAUACAACGUGACCAAGACCGGAUACUACUGCUUCGGUGCGACCGAAGUGCCGCUCGUAUCGCUCGAGGAUGCAGUCAAAGGUGGCGGCGGCGACGUCGCGGUGCAUGCUGCGUUCACGGGCCGCGUCGAGUUUUUCAACAAGUUCAAAGGCAACCUGCCUGCAGCCGAGCAUCCGAAGCUGAUGUUCUACUUUGCCAUGACGCUGGCGUACGUGGUGCUGGGCGUGUACUGGCUGUCGCUCUGCAUGCGCCACCGCGACCAGCUGCUGAUGGUGCAGCACUUUAUCUCGGGUACGAUCGCCUUUCUGGUGGUCGAGAUGGCGGCGCAGUGGGCGUACUACUACUACCUCAAUGCGCAUCUCGUCGACUUCUUCCGCAUCCGCGAGGUGAACGGCAACACGGCCGUCACGGCGCUGGCGCGCUUCCUGCUCGUGCUCACCAGCAUCCUCGAUGCUGGCCGCAACUCGGUGUCGUUCUUCCUGCUGCUCAUCGUCGCCAUGGGCUACGGCGUCAUCCGCCCGUCCAUCGGCCCCGUGAUGACGAGGGUGCGCUGGCUCACCGCCGCCCACUUUGUCUUUGGCGUGCUCUACUCGGUCGGCAUCGUGCUGAUUCAGCUCGACCAGGGAGGUGCAUGGAUCUUUGCCUUCAUCUUCCCUCUCGCCAUGACGCUCACCGCCUUCCUCACCUGGAUCAUGAACUCGCUCAACCGCAGCAUCGAAUACCUCACCCAGCGCAAGCAGACGUUCAAGCGCUCCAUGUUCGUCAAGCUCCACCGCAUUCUCCUUGGUGCCGUGGUGGUCAUCUUUGCCUUUUUCAUCAUCUCCUCGCUGGCAUUCUCGCAGUCGGGCGGCGAGGGAUUCGCACCCAACACGUGGCAGUACCGGUGGUUCCUGCUGGAUGGCUGGUUGGGGCUGCUGUACUUUGGCGUGUUCUGCGCGAUUGCGUGGGUAUGGCGCCCGACGGGGCACAACAUGCGGCUGGCCAUGUCGGACGAGCUUGCGACCGACGACGAUCCCACCGCUGAGGGGUACGAGGUGGACACGUUUGCGCGCGGUCCCGACGGUCCGGAUAGCGAGGACGAAGACGACCUCGAGGCGCGUGCCACAUCCAAGGGUGGUGCGGGCGCGCGCGGCGUGCAGGACGAUGUCGUCUUCGAGAUCGGCGACGAGGAUGACGAUGCCGAUCGCAGCAGGGAGGGCGGUAGGAGCGACGCGCGCACCGCCACGCACGGCGAGAGACAGGGACUCAUGGGUGCCGGCAACAACUCGGAAGAGACGCUUGUGCCCGGAAAGAAGGCAGACAAAAACGAUUAG